AUGCUUUGGCUACGGCAGUUAUUUCGAACAUCAGCACGUCCCUCGCGCUUCUAUACUGGGCCUCAAACGAUUACCGCUCCCACAACUAUUCGACAUGUGAGAUUUCGACGGCCCUGGCUGAGGUCUUUCUUCGGAAAAUGUUUGUUUUACGCCGUUGCUUUCGAAAGCUGGAGCAUCCUUGUUAGAGUUUACACUCACUGGGACGAGGACGACGAGACCCGUGCCGAAAAUAGACGCAAAGCAAUGGAAACGGUUGAAUACGUGCGUCGAAAGCGGAUGAAAGUUACAGCAGAGGAUGCAGAGAAGGAUGCAGUGAAGGAAGCAGAGAUGGAAGCAGAGAUGGAAGCAGAGAAGGAAGCAGAGAGGGCUGCAAAGAAGGCUGCGGAGCGGGAUGCAGAGGAUCAUGAGCCCUUAUUCAUCCCCCUUUCCUGGUAUCGGGACGAACAGGAGGGUGUAUACUACACCGCAGCAGAUCCGGAAUGGCAAGAGUUCGCGAGGAUAUCAAGGGAUGGCAAGAAAAUCCAAAAGCUGAGAGAGGAGCUUACGGCUCUGGUUCUCCAGGGUGCAUCCGAGCAGAUGUCGCCAUUUCUUGGAGGUCCAGUAACAAUAACCGGGCUUUGGCUGAUUCCAGAGUUUCCGACUAAGCCUCCGCCGGAAUAUGUGCGCUCGGGGAUGGAACUUGAAUAUGAGGGGGGGAUAUCACUUGUGAAAAAGCCUAUGGAUCCUGAGACGGGCGAUAAACUGCAGUCAUUCAUGCAACCAAUGCAUGUCGCACUCGCAAUCUGGGAUGCCUAUUAUGUCUUAUACAAGAGACAACUAGAUCGCAUAAUGAGCCCGGACGGCCAAGCGGACGAUGUACAGUUGCUGGGCGGGAGGUUUACACUAUCAAGCCGCGAAAGACCGAAUCCCAUGGUCACCCAUGGACAUUCUCAACUGCAGCCGCCAGGUCGUACGGAGAGCAUCCCAUCCAACGCCGAGCCCGAACUCCACCCAUCAUUUUUCAUAUCUACACUGCAGCGGCUGCCCCUACCGGAUCUCAGCCCUGGAUCUGAUCUGCAUCUGGCAUCUCUAGCCUUCAAGUUAAGGCUCCAUGUACAUAAGUCUGAAACACCCCCAACCCCGCACCGAGGUUCUUUCUUCUUUAAUGGUCCGGUGGGCGUGAGGGGACCGAAUGGAUCUUGCAGGUUUGAAGUGCGGGGCGAGUAUGACCCUGCGAAGCCUGGAUGGCGAAAUGUGGAUAUGAAACUCAGAGACAUGAGUUAUAACCAACAACGGCCGCACAUGUGA